GACCCGUGGCCACCGCGGCCGUCAGGGCGCAGGAGAAGCCGAAGAGCCCGGAGAUGGAGAAGAUGAGCUGCUUCUGUCGGCUCGGCAUGGCGGGACGGAUGGAGGCUGGGUCAGGCUGCAGGAGCCUCGGGAGGAGGACCAGAGGAGGGCAUCACCCCCCCCAUCUCCCCCACCGCCACCUCCACAUCCACCACAACCUACGACCGCUGAAAGAAAGAGGGACCCCCUCCCCACCCCUCCCUCUCCACCGUAGACCAUACGUGAUGACGUACAGGUCUCCAGAGACGUCAGACGUAGACUGAGGUCCGUGGAGUAGGUGCGUGUGUCCCGCGGCUCAGAGAGAGAAGAGCGGCUGAUGGUGAAGGUUCCUCCGUCAUGAGACUCGUUCUGUUCCCAGUCCUUGUGGCGCUCGUGGUCGACGCUCGGCUGCUGUCCCUGUCAGAAAUGUACGGCAGCCUGCAGUCUCCAAACUUCCCGGAGCCGUACCCCCGAGAGACAGAGCUGCGCUGGAACAUCACCGUUCCCGACAGCUUCCAGAUAAAACUCUACUUCAGCCACUUUGACCUGGAGCCAUCCUACCUGUGUGAGUACGACUUCGUCAAGGUGGAGGCAGAGGGGGAGGUGCUGGCGUUGUUCUGUGGAAAGGAGGACACGGACACGGAGGCGGUGCCGGCUCAGCAGGUCAUCACCUCCCCCAGAAACUCCCUCAGCGUCCUCUUCUCCUCUGACUUUUCUAAUGAGGAGAGAUACUCCGGGUUCAUGGCUCACUACAGCGCUGUGGACGUAGACGAGUGCAGCGACCGCACCGACGAAGAUCUGCUCUGUGAUCAUUUCUGUCACAACUACAUCGGGGGAUACUACUGCUCCUGUCGCUAUGGUUACCUGCUGCACACUGACAACCGCACCUGCAAAGUGGAGUGUAGUGACGGUGUGUUCAGGGAACGCUCCGGUGUUCUGAGCAGCGUUGAUUUUCCCGCUCCGUAUCCAAAGAGCUCCGAGUGUUUGUACCGUAUCGAGGUGGAGCCGGGCUUCAAGCUCCGCCUCCAGUUUGACCCCAGCUUCGACGUGGAGGAUCACCCGGACGUCAGCUGCCCCUACGACUACAUCAAGAUCACAGCAGGCAGCAGUGAGCUCGGGCCGUUCUGUGGAGACCAAUCUCCAGGCGUCAUUCAGACCGACAGCAACGUCGUCACCAUCUUCUUCCACAGCGACAACUCAGGAGAAAACCUCGGCUGGAGGAUCACUUACACCGCUACGGGAAGUCAGUGUCCAGUACCCAAGGCCCCGCCCAAUGCCCUUGUGAACCCUGUCCAAUCGGAAUACUCCUUCAAAGACCACAUCCUGUUCACCUGUGAGCCCGGGUACAGACUGCUGAAGGAUGGUCAGUAUCUGGAUCACUAUCAGCUGGACUGUCUGUCCAACGGGUCCUGGAGCAGCAGUCCUCCUCAGUGUCAAAUGGUGGACUGCGGGAGUCCGAAGCUGGUCAGCAUGGCCGAUGUGGUGUUUGGUAACCACGACAACGGCACACUGUUUGGAUCGACGGUCCACUACGUCUGCAGAGAGGACACCUUUCACCUGAACACCAGCAACAGUUCAUACACCUGCGGUCAGGACGGAGAAUGGACAAACUCGGAAGCAGGAACCAAACUGCCGAGCUGUCUGCCAGCCUGCGGCCGGCCGGCCCGCUCUCUCCCCCCGCAGGUGAAGCGGAUCGUGGGCGGUCGGAGCGCCGAGCCCGGCCUGUUCCCCUGGCACGUUUUGCUCAGUGUGGAGGAUCUGUCCCGGGUCCCAGAGGACCGCUGGUUUGGCUCCGGGGCCCUGCUCUCCGACUCCUGGGUCCUCACAGCAGCCCACGUCCUGAGGUCCCAGAGGAGGGACACCAGCGUCGUCCCCGUGGCCCCCGAACAUGUCCAGGUCUUCCUCGGUCUCCAUGACACCCGAGACAAACGUCUGGCCACCAGCCGCUCGGUGGAGGAGAUCUUCCUCCAUCCAGACUUCCAGCCCAACAACUACAACAACGACAUCGCCCUGCUGAAGCUGGGGGACCGGGUGGAGUUUAACAAAGUCGUCCGUCCAGUCUGUCUCCCACCAGCUCACAAGGUGGGACAGGGCGACCCCUCCACACCUGUCCCCAACUCUCUGGGUGUAGUUGCCGGUUGGGGCAUCUCCAACCCCAACGCCUCCUCCUCCUCCUCCUCCGGCGACCUCCCCUCGCUGGCCACUGACCUCGGCGUGACCUCUGACCUCCUGCAGUACGUCAAGCUGCCGGUGGUUUCUCAGGACGAGUGUCAGGCGAGCUACACCUCGCGCUCCGUCAGCUACAACAUCACCGACAACAUGUUCUGUGCCGGCUUCUUCGAGGGGGGGAGGGACACCUGCCUCGGGGACAGCGGGGGGGCAUUUGUGAUGGAGGACGAGGUCAGCCGGAGGUGGGCGGUGUUCGGGUUGGUGUCCUGGGGCGGGCCGGAGGAGUGUGGGAGUCAGAGGGUGUACGGCGUCUAUACCCGUGUGGCUAAAUACGUGGAGUGGAUACAGAAGCACCUUCAGACGCCCCCCGGGGAGUGAGAAACACAUCACAGCUACAGCUCAGACUGAAUGAGGACGUCCCCUGGCCGUCAGUCCACACGGUGUCUUUCUGAGACUAAACACAAACUCGUGUUGGGUCAUUUUCAUAUUCUCAUCUUUUUUUGGCCUUUUUGUUUUUAUUCGACCCAGGAAAGUUCCAGCUACCGGCGCUGCAGUUUGUAAAGGUCAGGGUCAAGGUUCAGACAGACAGGUUCCUCUCAGGGUCAAGGUUCAGACAGACAGGUGUGUGAAGCUCCUCUCACCUGCUGGGCGUAACGUUUCCUGCUGCUACAGGAGAACGAAAUCUCACAGAAAACUGUUGAAAUCUGAAAUCUGUGAGACAAGUUACGUUUUAUUAAAACUUUACCGAUUUUAAUGGAGGUUUACUACAACCUAAAUAUGCCCUGUGCUGCUGUAUUGUGCGGGACAAACGAUCAGAUUCAGAAUAUUCAACACUUAUUUAGCUCGUACGAGAAAUGAGCGUGUAGACGUUUGUUUGUUUGUUUGCAGACGCGCGUUUCUAUUUCUGAGGUGAGGUGCUCAGUCUCAGAGGUGGCACAGAAAACGCUCCUGAAUGGAAACCUACAAUAAUACACCCCUCUCUAUCCCAGAAUCCUUUGUCAUGGCCCCGUGUUCUCUGCCGAUGUUCCUGCCCGGGGACUGUCAGGAUGGAGACGCAGGUCCAUGUCUCCGUCCACAGUCACGCAAAUCUACUGUUUACAUUACUUUUUUCUCAUCCAGAGGAUGAACUCUUUCAGUUUUACUCACUCCACGGCUCUCUCACCUGGCGCCACCCCGAGGACAACUAAUCUGCAGCGUGUAGGGGACGCUGUCAGGACCCAGGACAACAUUAACCGUGCGAACCUUCACAGACGGGACAGUUUGUGGAUUGACAAGAAGAAAUGAGAUUCAUCCGACAGUCUGGUUUUAAUGGACAUGUAUUAAUAAUGUGCUGUAUCUGGUGUUUAUCCUCACGUUGUUUAACUACUGUUAUUCUUAUAUUUGAAUUGUACCAUGUUUGAAUUAUACAAAAAAAAGCCUUAAUGAACUGAAAUAAAG